GUGCAGCCCCUCCUCCCGGCCGUGUUUAUUAGGGGAAGCAGGGCGGAGGCGGAGGCCAGUUCCCUAGCUCCAGCCGCUGCCGCCACCGCUGCAACACCCAGCUCGCCUGGGGAAGGAGGGAAAGGAAGGAAGGAGAGCACCAGACUCGCGAGCUUGGGCGCCCCCGGCCCGCUCCGCACGCCACCAUGAACCCCAAUUGCGCCCGGUGUGGCAAGAUCGUGUACCCCACGGAGAAGGUGAACUGUUUGGACAAGUACUGGCACAAAGCAUGCUUCCACUGUGAGACCUGCAAGAUGACACUGAAUAUGAAGAACUACAAGGGCUACGAGAAGAAACCCUAUUGCAAUGCACACUACCCCAAGCAGUCAUUCACGAUGGUAGCUGACACCCCUGAGAACCUGCGUCUUAAGCAGCAGAGUGAGCUCCAGAGCCAGGUGCGUUACAAGGAAGAAUUUGAAAAGAACAAGGGCAAGGGCUUCAGCGUGGUGGCCGACACACCUGAGCUUCAGAGGAUUAAGAAGACUCAGGACCAAAUCAGUAAUAUAAAGUAUCAUGAAGAGUUUGAGAAGAGCCGGAUGGGUCCCAGCGGGGGCGAGUGCUCUGAUCCUGAACGCCGAAAUUCCCAAGACAGUAGCAACUACCGUCGACCCCAAGAACAGCAGCAGCUGCCACAUCAUAUCCCAGCCAGCGCCCCUGUCUACCAGCAGUCUCAGCAACACCAGCAGCAGCAGCAGCAGCAGCAGCCAUCACAGUCCUAUGGCUACAAGGAGCCAGCUGCCCCGGUCUCAAUACAGCGCAAUGCCCCAGGAGCGGGUGGGAAGCGGUACCGAGCUGUGUAUGACUACAGCGCAGCUGAUGAAGAUGAAGUGUCGUUCCAGGACGGGGACACCAUUGUGAACGUGCAGCAGAUUGACGAUGGCUGGAUGUACGGCACCGUGGAGCGCACUGGUGAAACGGGCAUGCUUCCUGCCAACUAUGUGGAGAUCAUCUGAGCCUGCGCCGCCCCAGUUUCCAUCUUGCCCACCCGCCCACCUCAUCUUUGAUGCAUUCCUCCAUUGCGCUCCUGUGAGACGUGAACAUCUUUCCCGUCAGUAAUUUCUGUUUUUUAGAAUCUGAGACAGGUUGUUGGAUUUUUCCCACUCUCAGUUUCUUUGGCCAAUUUCAGCUGUUUUCCUCUUGCUGAGACCUUCCACCUUCUUCUGUUGGCCUGCUCUCUCUCCCAUUGGGAUUUAUCCUUCUCUCCUUUCCUUUGUCUUCUCUCUGGGUUUAGUAAAUGGGAAAUCUCAUCCAGGCGGGGAGCGUGGGCUUGUGGGGAUGGAUUGAGAGAGGGACAGGUCAGUGACUGAGAUUCCAUCUUGGAAAUCCUCAUUGCUCCUCGUUUCUCUCCCUCUUUCCUUUUCCUUGUCUCCACUGGAUCUGUUCUCUCCACCUUUUCCCCCAAGCAAAAUAAACAUUCCAGGGCUCCUGCAAGUUCCCAUUCUCCCCUCAGCUUUCUCCAGAGCUGGGGCAGGGAAAGAAGGACUAACAGGGUCUUAGGGACCAGGAAGAGGUUUGUUUGUUUCUCCCAAGGCAAUGCUUGGGUUUGAACCAGGCCUUUCUACCCGGGGUAUUCCCCCUUGGUCUCAUUCAUCUCCAUUAGCUUCCAUGUUUGGAUAGAUCUGUGAUCUUCAUUAUCUAAAAGCAAAAAGCCGGGGCCAGGUUGGGGGGAAGCAGUCCCCAACCAUUCCUUCAGUUUCAGGUUUACCUGUUCUUUCUCCCACCCCGCCCGUUUUUUCCCUCUUCACACUGUGAUUUAGCCAGCCCAUCCUGAUUCAAACAGUGUAGCUUAAAGAGUGGAGCUGACCACAGUCCUUGUUUAAACGUCUUUCUUUUAAUUAAUUCCUCACAAGAAGCUACAGAACUCAGAGAAGUCCAUCUCUCACCUUCAGUGCCCCAAGCUAGGACAAGGCAGGGGCUCAAGGAUGCCUUCUCCAGAACAUCUGCUUCUGGGGGCUGGAGCUUGUCUCUGUCCCAGCCCCUCGUGACCAUCAUCAGGGAAGCAGGGGGGAACAAAGGGAACACCUUCUAGGGCAAGUCUAUGGCAAGUCCAGACCCAGCUUCCUCCAAGGGCUUUCCAGGGACCUGAUUAGUGCCUAUUCCCACCUCUCAUUGCUUUUUUGCUGUCAUCUUAGUCCAUCAUAGAGGAGAACAUGGUAGAUUGGGAUUCUGUGGCUUUGCCCCAAACCGGCUGAUAAAUGAGCUCUGAGCGUUGCUGACGACUGGGCAGGAGCCUCCGUGUCUAUGGCUCUUCAUACAAGGAGAAAAGGGCACCUGUGGAUCUGUGGCUUUUUCUGUGUACCUAUCUGCCUUCUCCUAAUAUAUGUCCAAUGUGGAGAUUGUUGGAAGCAGGGAAAAACAAAUCUGAGAGUUAUGACUGUUCAAGACCUUUGGAUUCCUCCCCUUUCUGGCUGUUCUUCCUCCUCCCCUCCUCCAGGUCAAGAAGCAUGUUCAAACUGCUGCCCUUCUGUUUUUUGGGUAAAAAUACCUAAGUGUACAUAAUAGUGGAGAAUCUAGGAAGGUCCCUUUCUUUUUGUGUAUGACUUUACAAAUCAAAAAAAAGGGCCAUCUUACUGGCUUUGUAGAACUGGCCCAUUCCCACCUGCCAUCCUUGGAAUAGGAGCAUAGGAGGGGAAAUAGGGAUGAGUUCUUUAUCCUGAAGAGAUCAUUGUAUAAUGAGUGCUCUUGUCCCCUCUGACCCUAACUGGCUGUUUAGCAGUUCUGUGUAGGGGUAUGGAGGACUUCACAAUGGCCCACCAGCCUCUCCUGUCCUAAAAUCCCAUUUUCUUACACCAAACACUCACCUCCACUUGGGGGUAGGUCCCAGGACAAACCUGAUAACUGGAAACUGCUCCCCCAGAGCUGGAGCUCCAGCUGCUAGGGGAGGAACGGGAAGAUGGUGCUAUAUCGAACUUCCCUUCUUCCCAUCACUGGCUUGGGAGAGUCAGGCUUCUUCCAGCUCUCUGGGAUUGGAGCUUCUUCCAUCAGCCCUUUCUCUCACUCGGUCCCAGACUCACUCACCCAGCCUCUUCACCAGUGGUCCAAGUGACAGCGAUAUUUUUGUGCAUGGGACAAGAGUGGAAGCUGUCUUGGAGAGGGUCUGACUGAGGGAAGAAGCUCACUUGGCCAGCACCAAAUCGUCAGGGAUUUUUCUGUUAGAGCGGUUGUGUUUAGGGAACUUAGGUGGGGAGCAGCAUUUCCUGCAUUGGCCCUUUCCCUGGCGUUGUCCCCUUCGUAGAGAAGGAAACGUCAUGGGAUGGGAAGAGAGCUUCAUGUGGGCAGGCUGAGGUGCCUGAGGAAGAGGAAAUGUCAGCACCUGGUGGACUUUUUCUACAGAGGUAGUCCAAGAAGCUAAGCGGGGAACUGGCCUGUUACCUGAAAAUCUCAAAGCACAGUGUUGACUCUGGGACCAAAGACCGAUUGACCGUGCUUGAAGGGUUGGGUCUGGUGGGUGGGAAGGAACAGAGAGAAGGGAAGGCUUUCGGGAAGGAAUAUCCUGUUUUCACACAUCUCAGUUUACCUCUUGUAAAGAGCCAGUUUGAACCUCUAGACCCCUCCAAUCUCUUUUACAUAGUCUUUCCCCCAAUCUUGGGAUUAAGAUACAGUGGGAUACAGGGUUGUAGUGGAUUUCUCACCAUCAGUUACUCCCCAAGGAGUAUAGUGGGGAGUGGGGGGGAAGAUACAAACAUGGGGGGGGAGGGGACAGGAGGGAAGGGGGAGGGUUUCUUAUUAAAUGUCUGUCAUACCUGAGCCUGGCUUAAGGAAGGGCUUUCUGGCCUAGUUUCUUCCUCAGUUAAGCAGUGUUCCAGUAGGGGUGAUGGCCUGGGGUCUCCUUUUCUUCAUGUCCUCAGUUCUUAAAGCCAAUUCUGAUCCAGGAAAAACAAAACAAAACCACAACAUAACUGUAAUGUGAAUCUAUUCAAAUGGGACCAAAACCAGAAAUAUUUGCAAGAAAGGAAGAUGGUGAAGAAUUGUAAAUUCUUUGUGACACUGGUUUACUUGUUCUCUUAUCUCAUUCCCUCUUUUUCCUUUUCUCCCUCACCCCUUUCCUCUUCCCUCUGGAGAGGGGUGUUCCUAGGGGGCAGGGAAGAGAAUUUCCUCUCUGCUUGAUUUCUGCCUUUUCUCUCACAUACGCACUUUUGGGCCUUUGUUUAUAGCUGAAAAACACCUAAACCUGUAUUUAAAAAAAAAGCAAACAGAAAUGACCCUGUUAGAUUUGCCUCUGUGUAAACACUUUUUCCAUAUGUGUGUGGCGUGUUCAUUUGAAGCUUCAAGUUGUGUUUUUAGUGCUGGGCUUUGGAAAUUAAUCUUUUUUAUUUGGGGUUGUCUUUUUUUCUCCCACCAUUCCCUCUUUUUUAGGAGGAAUGGUGGUAGUCUGUUUUGGUUCCCUCCCUGUGGACAUGUGCCCAGGAUCAAAUUUUUCUGGCCUUUUAAAUUCAGAAUGGUUGAUAGACCCAAAGGGAAUCCUCUUGGCGACUCAAAUCAAAAUAAAAAUAUAAUUUUUACCUGCUGA